AUGGGCAGGGAUGAUUUGCGGGAGAACUACUCCUUCUCCCUGGAGGGGCAGAGUGAACUCCUGCAGUUCCUGAAGGCCGUGCGGCCGGAGUGGUCCUUCCCCAAGAAGAACGGCCAGAGCAACGUGGGCAGCGUGAUGGAGAAGCUGAAAGCAGUGGGCAUCACCAGCGUCUGGGAGCUCUUCCGCGCCGUCAUGCGCAACAGCAUCAACGAGGACCUGGCGCAAGCUGGGUAUUCGGUCCUCAGCAAGGAGACCUUGGACCGGAUCCGGAAGCGCAUGAGCUUCUUCCGCCAUUUGGACGUUCUCACGGAGACGGAUUGCCGCCAGAUUGGGGCCUUUGCGCCAGUGCCGCAGCUUCUAUCCCAGAAGAAGCUGGCGUACUGGAGCAAGUUCGUGUCCAGUGACGCCAAGAGCAUGGACGAACGGUCGUCCGAGCGAGGUCGUCUCGGGUCCUCCUCGUCUUCCCGGCGACCUGAUAGCAGAAGCACCACGUUGUCGGGUACGAAGCUCUCCGGCUCCCUCUCUGGCAGCCACUCGGCCAGCCUGACGAAGCCCGCCUGGGUUCGGGAGGCCGAGCGUGCAGGGCGGCCAGUGCUCCGUGGGGCCAGGAAAGCCGGGCGAGAGCAGCGAAGGGCUGAGUCCGAUGUGAGGCGCGACAGCCAGAGCUUGAGCUUGCCGGACACCAUGGACAGCAGCCAGGCGGAGUGGGCGCAGAAGUCUGCGCUGCGGCCGCCGUCCAGGAGCUUCCAGGCAGGGGACGCCAAAACAGCGCUCGAGGUGGCCGAGCGACUUGAGAGGUCUAAGGGCGGCCUGGUGCGGCAGACCAGCCAGAUGUCGAUGUCAGGUGAGGACUUCGCAGCUCAAUCUGACAUGAGCCGCGCUCGCAUCGGCAGCUGCAACAGCAGCGUUGCCUUCACGACCAUUCCGAUUGUGCACAGAGCGCCCAGCAUGUCGAUGGACAGGUCCAGCACCUGUCAGCAGAAGGAGGAGCUGGACACUUUGGCAUCCACCGUGGAGAAGCUCCACCAGGAGGCGGCGGCCAUGCAGGAGUUCCGGCCGCCCAGCUGGGCGGUGCUGCGGCGCCACCCCGACGCCCUGCUGGAGAGCAGCCAGGCGGGAGUUUCCACCGCCAUGCCGGCGGCGGUCAGCGCCGCGGAGCGGGAGCUGCGCUUCGCGCUGCUGUCGGUGUUCCCCGAAACCAACCUGAAGCAGGUGAGCGAGGCAGGCCGGGAGGUGGGGAGAUGGGGAGAUGGGACGCUGGACAUGGGCGUGGAAGCGGCCCGCUGCGGCAACUUCGACGUGGCGGUGGAGAUCCUCCGCGCGUCCCUGGCGGAGGCGGCGCCGCCCGCGGCGGCGGCGCCCGAGGCGGCGCCCGAGGCGCCGGAAGCGGCGGUGCCGGAAGCGGCGGUGCCGGAAGCGCCCGAGGAGUCGAGGCCGGAGCCACAGCUCCCAGAGCCGGAGCAGUUGAAGGAGGCGCUGAAACUGGCGGAGAAAGACACCCUGGCGUCGGCGAAGAAGCCUGCCACCAUCCAAGGAGGCCACCUCACUAAAGACGGCUGGGAGAUUAAAUGCCAGGUGGACGCGUCCCGGAGCUGCCAGUCCCUGCGGACGCUGGACUCGAUGCGGAGCCUCGGCCCCGCCAGCAAGGCCUCGCAGCUGGUGCUCAGAGAAGUGGGCGACGACAACACGGCGGCCUACGCAGCGGUUUGCUUCGAGAGGAUGCUGCAGCGCGAGCAGGAGCUUGACGACAAGUUCUGCGUGUUCUACCACAGCUACAAUGGCGCGGCGCUGCUCUACGAGAUCCAGGCGGCCAUCGCUCGCCAGGCCUUCGAGCUGGAGGACAUGGCGCCGCUGCCGCGAGUUCUGCUGGGGCACUUCCAGGGCGCGCGCCUGGAGAACCUCAAGGCGGCCUUCUCGGGAACCACCCUGCAGGGCCAGGACCACGACCCCUGGUUCCGGUCCCUGGCCAUCUCUGCGUCCCCCACGCUCUACGCCUUUGGCUCGGAGGCGCCGCCCCUGAGCUGCUUCCGCGCAGGAUACGGGUGCACCGACCUUUCCUUCCAGAACCUCACGCAGCAGUUGUUGAAAGAGGCCUAUGACCUCCACGAGGACCAGGCGCUGCAACUGGUUCACACCAUCGCCGACGCCGGAGCCAGGUUCGGUCUGCAGGUCUCCGGCUACUGCGACCGGAAGCGCUGCAGCGACACUUCGCGCCUGGGCGGGCAAAUGCUGCAGAUCUUCGUGUCCAAGGACAUCGUGGAAGACUAUGUGUACCACUGCCAGCCCUACGGCGUGCCCAUCGACACCGCGCUGCGGCCCUGGCUGGCACGGCCGGAGCCGGAGAAGCCGCUGGACGGGCAGGUGCGAAUCCUGUUCGACCCAGAGAUCUUCCUGGAUGGCCGGGGCAAGCUCUUCCACUACUGCGCUGCCUGGGAGUAUUUGGGCGGUAGCGAGGAGAUGAAGGGGGUGAACGGGUGA